GCCUUGCGCACAUCCAGCAGCUGCUGGGCACCUCCAAAGGCCAUGUCUUCAGUGAGCUCUUCGUCCACCUUCCGUUCCGAGCACAUUAGCACCUACACCCCGAGCAAACAUCGCUUCGAGCCCCUGCUGGACCCUCCCCAUGGGAUCUUUGGGGCAGGGAGAACUCAGGAGCCCUACGGAUAUUCAGGGUCCCCUCCAUCCGUCCAUUCCUCAGCCUUGGGCAGCAGCAACGUGGUGGCCAGCGGGAACAAAUACCAGGUCAUCACGGAUCUCAGCCAGUUUGAACCCCAAGAUAUCGUGGUGACUUCCUACAACUACUGCAUCGUCAUCCAAGCUGAGAAGAUGGCUGAAGAUGGCAUUGUCUCCAACACCUUCACCCAUAAGUGCCAGCUGCCGACAGACAUGGAUCCUCUGUCCGUCAGUUGCUCCCUGAACGACGCUGGCAAGUUGAUCAUCACAGCUAGGAGGCGUCAGCGGUCCCCAUCGCCUCUGUAUCGUACGGAGGUGAAGCUUUAAGGGUAGCCCUCUCUCACCCAAUCCACACCCUCAAGCUCCCUUAGAUGUGAUCGAGUCUUAGUUUAGUUUGUGGGCAUCCUUUCUCCAUGCCAUGCCAUAUCAUAGCACCAGAGGUGGGUUUCAGCAGGUUCUGACCAGUUCUGGAGAACCGGUAGCGGAAAUUUUGAGUAGUUCGGGGAACCGGUAGUAAAUAUUCUGA